AUGGGGGGCGCCGCCGAUUCCCCCCAGCGUUCGUCCUCCCCUCUCAAGCGCCGGGCAUCCAGCAUGGAACCGGAACAAGAUGCUUCGGACGUGAGGGAGGAUGUGGAUAUGACUACAGUUGUGGACUCCCAGAGGACGGAAACGGCAGAGGGGUCGAGCGGAGGGCAGGCCCAAAAUGGGAUCGAGGAACCCCAGAUGCCCGUGGCUGACACGAAGAAGCCGGAGCUACCUCUGCGUACUGACAUUCCUCCGCUCGACCAACAGGUUAAAACCAUCGAGACCCUUGUCAACGCUUUCGCCGAGACGCCCAUAAAGGAGGGCGAUGAAGCAUACCUUGUGUCUCGCCAAUGGCUCGGUAGGGCCCAGGCUUUCGGCUCAGACACGAAGCACGUCAGCAAGGAAACCUCAGAGGUCUCACUGGGACCCGUGGACAACGCGGAUAUCAUCCAGGCCAUCUUCACAGAUUCUGCCGCCGAACUCUGCGUCAAGCUGAAGCCGGGUAUGGGCACUGAGAAUUUUGAGCUCUUUCCGAAAGACGCAUGGGAUCUCCUCCUGUCAUGGUACGGCUUGGCUCCGGGACAAUCACCCAUCAUCCGCCUAGCCCACAACACGGCUCCUGAUUCAGUGAGCAUCCCAACCAUUCAGUUCGAGUUCCAUCCCCCGGUGUUUACCAUCCACCGGUUAUGGUCCGCGAAUAGCCCCAUUCCGAUCGAACAAGAAAUCAAGCUCAAGAAGCCUGCGCCUCCUGUCGUGGUCCAGAGCACCUCAUUCGGCUACCACAAGUUCUUGAUGCAGGCCAAGCAGCUUGUUGGUGUGGCUGCCGACAAGAAAGUGCGCGUGUGGCGACUGCUUCAGACCAUACCGGCCACGGAGACCGGCUCGGAACCGUCAGGGAUCAAGACCCCACCCGACUCGCCUGGCCGCGAUGCCGAAAUUCUUGCUGCUCCCCCCUCAAUCCCCGGGGCCUGGCCAGAAAUGCUUGUUGACGUGGACACGUUUCUAAAGCUUGAGAAAGAUGUUGACCGCAGCCUGGUGGAUGCCGAAGAUACUACCACAAACGCCAACUACAAUGGCAGGAAGAGCCUGGCAUUGGUAGGUCUGGCUGUUGACCAGACACUUGUUCUGGACGAGCAGAUCGACCGCGAUGCUCACGUCUCCACAUACCGGGGCACCGCCAUCAAAGACAAGGGUUUCACAAACAAGGAUACCUCAAACAGCCUCAUUGCGCUGCGCGGCAGUGGCAGUGGACGCAGCAGCCCUGCACCUCAAGGGGUACUGACAAGAGGCCGAACGCAACAGAAGUCAGGCCGGACUCUGGGGUGUGUCGGUCUGCAAAAUCUCGGCAACACCUGCUACAUGAACUCGGCUUUGCAGUGCGUCAGGAGCGUCGAGGAGCUCACAAAAUACUUCCUCACCCACGAAGCACACAAGGAGAUCAAUCCGGACAACCCUCUUUCGCACAAUGGUGAUGUCGCGGCUGCCUAUGGGCGCCUACUGGAGGAGAUCUACAAAGAUCCGGCACCGGGUUCGAUCGCCCCCCGGAACUUCAAGGGCAUAAUUGGGAGGUAUGCGCCGGCCUUCUCCGGAUAUGGGCAACAGGACUCUCAAGAAUUCCUUGGUUUCCUCCUUGACGGUCUCCAAGAGGACCUAAACCGGAUCAAGAAGAAGCCGUACAUCGAGAAACCGGAUUCCACCGACGACAUGGUUAACAACCCGGCGGCGGUCCGCGAGAUGGCCGCAAAAGUCUGGGACAUUACGAAGAAGAGGGACGACUCGGUCAUUGCUGAUUUGUUCACCGGCAUGUACAAGUCCACCUUGGUGUGCCCUGUCUGCGAUAAAGUCAGCAUCACCUUCGAUCCCUUCAACAACCUCACCCUACCACUCCCGGUGGCCAAUGUCUGGACCCAUACCAUAAAAUUCUUCCCCCUCAAUGAUACGCCUGUCGAUAUCGUGGUCGACCUCAACAAAAAUAGCAGCAUUAGAGCCAUGAAGCAGUACAUCUCCACGCGGGUUGGGGUUCCUACAGAACGCCUUUUUGCCGGCGAAGAAUUCCACUCGAAGUUCUAUAAGCUCUACGAGGACGGCUCUGCGGUGUCUGACGAGAUCCAAGGCAACGACAUUGUUGUUGUGCACGAGAUCGAAGCCCCCCCUACCAACACCUCCGGGUCCAAGAAAAAGCAGGCCAAGAAGGAGCGGCAGAGGUCAUCCUCCGAAGAAAAAGAAGUGGAUGACUCGUCUCCGAUCGAUGAUCCGAGGAUGGAGCGCAUGCUCGUCCCGGUCCUCCAUCGGAUUGAGCCCUCAGAACCCUCUGUCAAAAAGCGAUUUGGGCGUAAGAGCGCAGACGCUUCUCCUCCACCGCACUUUAUCAUCUUGACGCCCGAAGAGGCUCGCGACAUGGAAGCCAUCCGCCGGAAGAUCUUGGAAAAGGUGGCCACCUAUACCACGUGGUCCCAGCUCGCCUCAUACCGUGAAGACCCAGACGCCGCCGAUGCCACGGACGCGGAAAUGGUUACCAACCCAGCCUCGGACGUGGACUCUGCCGGCGAUUCCAAGAUUGUUGCCAAGUCGGUUGAGGGUGAGGACGAUAUGGUCGAUGUCACGAUGGGUGACGCCUCCGAUGCACGGAACGCUUCUGCCGCCGCGACGGCUGAGGUAUCUUCGCAGAUAUUGCGGCGCCUCAACAACAGGCGGCCCAAGUGGGUCAACCCUCUCGAAUUUCUGGAGCCGGAGCUGCAAAACCUCUUUGGGUUGAGCUACUUCACCGAGUCAGAAACACCCGUGCCAACCGGUUGGAAUUCGACCACGGACGAUGGCCUCUUGCCUCCAUUGAGCUCCAGGCAACCUAAGGUGGCCGCCUCGGACGUGGAGAUGCGAAGCCCCGAACCGCUCGAUGGUUCCGACGACAGCGGAAGCGAGAGGUCGGGAAGAUUGCCCGCUUCCGCCGUCACUCGCAUGACGGAAGAGUCUAGCGACGACGAUUCGGACUCUUCCAAGCCCAAGAACCUGCAAGCACGACUCAACCAAGUAAACGGUCGCGGCAAGAAGAAGGGCGGAAGGCAAAAGACAUACGGCAAGAAGGGAAAGAAGCACUUCGAAAAGCAGCAGCGUGGUGCCCGAUUCCGGCAGCAAUCCACCAUGCAGUCCCCCAUUGAGGCAGAGGAGCUCCUCCCGGGUGGUGCUCUGAUUGGCCUGGGCGAGGGCAUCAUGGUUGAAUGGAACGAAGCUGCUUUUGACCGUGUUUUCGGUGGCACAUCGCCCAACGAAAGCCCGAACAUGAAGACGUACCUCAAAGCUCCGAUAUUGGAAGACCCUGGUCUGCUAGCCAAGCAAAAAGCACGGCAGCUUCGUAAGAAGAACGGCAUUGCCCUGGACGACUGCUUGGACGAAUUCGAGAAGGAAGAAAUUUUGUCAGAACAAGACACCUGGUACUGCCCUCGCUGCAAGGAGCACCGCCGUGCCAGCAAGAAGUUCGAUCUUUGGAAAACCCCGGAUAUCCUAGUCGUCCAUCUGAAGCGCUUUAGCUCCAGCGGUUGGAGGCGUGACAAGCUGGAUAUCCUCGUUGACUUUCCGGUGGAAGCGCUAGACUUGACAAAGCGCGUCAUCGACAAGGAAGAUGGGAAGGAGGAGAUUUAUGACCUUAUCGCUGUGGAUGACCACUGGGGUGGCUUGGGUGGUGGACACUACACGGCUUUUGCAAAGAAUUUCGUCGACGGCGAGUGGUACGAGUACAACGACGCCACAGUUACCAAGCAAAGAGACACAGCUCGAGUGGUGACCUCGGCCGCGUAUCUCUUGUUUUACCGCCGUCGCUCCGCUGCCCCCUUGGGGGGUCCCAAGUUCCAGGAAGUUUUCGACCGCUUCAACCAAAACCAAGCGGGCCUCGAUGAUGACAUGUCAGAGUCGGGGGAAGGCCAGCGUCUCGGCCAAGGCUCAUCCUCCCAGCGUGGAUCGCCGAGCGCUUUGGCCGGAGCAGGUCUAGUUCACCCUCGGGGUAGCCGUGGUUGGGAUAACAGCAGACGCGCCGGGUCAGAACGGCCGUCAUACCAGGGCAUCGAUGACGAUGCCGACAUGAGCACGACAUGGAGCAAUCAGGACACCCUGCACAAUAGCAUUGAAGGCGAUGACGAAGGCAUCGGUCUCUCAGAGGAGUACGACACAGCCGGCAUGGCCGGCAUGACGUCAGUCAUCGGUCCCAGCAACUGGAGCUUUGACAACAUCAUCGGGACUAGCAAACCUGGCUCGGAGGCCGGUAGCGACGACAUCGCCAGUGACGUGGCCCAAAACGACGGCUCGUCGUUCAACGGCGAAAUGACCGACAUCUUUGACGACGCCCCCGGCAUGGAGCACCUCCUCGACCAGCCGGAACCCGGCGCCGACUACGUCGAACCCCCCGAGCCGACGUUCACCGGGGCCGACGAGUACAGCCUCCCGCCGCCGCCGUCCGCAGACACCCAGGAGUUCAUCAGCAAGCUGGCCGCGCAGACGUGGGUCAAGCAGCAGAUCCACACCGUCCCGCCCGCGGUUGAUAGCCUGGUCGAAGACGACCGGGACAGCGACAAGGUGGCGGAGAUCCAUGUCGGUGGCGACACGGAUGGGGCGGCUGAUGGUGCGCGCUCUGCCGCUGCUGCGGUGGAGAAGCCGUCGCCGGCUUAG